AUGGCUUCAGCCAUCCAUUACGCUGUUUACGCGGACACUCUAAAAGGCGACAAAAUUCGUUCUCCAUUCCCACCUGUGUCGAGCCUUUCGGGCCUAUUCUCAGGACGAGAGAAGAUGGCGGCGCAUCCUUUCGGACCAAUGGCUCUACCCGUUCCCCCGGGCGGUCUCCCGAAACUCGGGGCCCAUCCCGAUAAUCCGGGGCUCGACAUUUGGCUCCAGCUGACGCGGAACGCCGCCGAGGCUCGUCACGAGGCCGAGCGGGCUUACCACAGACAGGAGUACGCGCAUCAGACCGAGCUGCCGGACUCCCCAUGCGACCUCCGCGUUUCUCCGAGACCCAUUUCUCUAGUCAAACAGGCGUACCCUGUUAGCAAAGCGGGCUCACCGUCGAGCGGAGGGGGAGCUCCCGUAAAACGCCGAGGGCGAGGCAAAGAGAGGAUUUGGACACAGAUCGAGUGUUUCAACAAUGACGCACAAGCGAAGGCUUUUGUACAGGCGGAGAAGACCUGGGUCAUGCAAAAGAAAACCCAGGUCCAGGAAGGUACCAAGGUCUACUACGAAUGUUCCAAAUACAGAUCUGCGAAAUGUCCCGCUGCAGUAUCCAUCCUGUACCAUGCCAACAGCGACAAGGUCUCGGUAUUCAGAGCUUCAGGGGAUCAUAACCACGCGCCUCUAGAGCCUCGACACAAGAACACCGCUGCCGUGACGACGACGACCGCGGCGCUCAGCGCAAGACGUCCGGAAGGAACGACGGUCAUCAAAAAUGGACAGGAGAUCGCGAGACUUGCUCUGCAGGCGGGCGGUCCGUAUAGUCCUCCGGAUCCAUACCGAGUCGAGGUGCCGACGCUGCACCGUCCCGUGGCGACGUACCCGAGCGUGAAGAGACAACCCGGACCCGAUCCGGCGGAGUUACGACAGAAGUUCAAACACAUAAUCGGAAUCAACGAGACCACGCCACAUAUACGAGCACCGGAACCGCCUCAUUUCGAUUAUACGAAUUAUCUUCUACAACAGUAUCCAAGCCAUCAUCAUCAUCACCUUCAUCAUCAUCACCCGGCUCUGUCGCAAAUUGAGUCACCGCCAAUAAUAGCUUUUAGACCUUUGCCAAGAGAAACGAAACUCAUCAGAGACGGCGACGGAGGCAGCAGUCCCGCGCGUAGCGACCCGGGACACGGUCACGAAUCGGGAUCUGAAAGCUCCACGGGAAGCCCCAACGACCGAGACACGGUUCGCAGCGUAAUUUCGAGAACACCCUCGGCUUCGCUCUCGUUGCCCGACGCGACGCGGUGCUUCGUUCCCAACUGCAAGAGUAAUUCGGGCGUGGAUCUGUCGGUCGCGUCCCCACCGUCCUCAUCGGGAAUCUCGUCGUCGUCCUCUUCGUCGAUAUCUUCGAGGUGCAAACAUUCCUCAACGAUGGUUCGCUUCCCGAAAGACAUCCUGAAGAGAAUGGUUUGGUCGAUGAACGUUAAUCGUACCAACCACGACGGAUCUCUUUGCAUCGCUCAGAACGGUGACCAUAUCUGUUCGGCCCACUUCAGUCCCGAGAGAUUCGAGCAAAAUGGCGCUCUGAAACCCGAUGCAGUUCCAACAAUGUUCGGACCCGACCUCGUAUCGAAGGAUCCAGCCGUCCUGGAGCAAGACCACACCGAUUGCAAGGUCACGACGUCGAAAGAAGUCCCCGUGCGUAGAUCGAGGCUGUCUCGGAAGAGAGCUCGCAGCGUCAACCUCCUGAGGCGACUUCAGAGAGCUCAGCACACCGUCGACAGACUCCGCCUCAACAGUCGUGCUCAGUGCGCCAAGAUCAACAUCCUACGGCGAAUGGUCGCCAAGUGCAUGGUGGACCGCAAGGGACGGAGUAUUUCAAGCGACCGAGAUUAGUGACCGUUCUCGUGUGCAUAUCAUCCGCAUCUCUGGAACUCAUCCGCGUAGCAUGUUCUCCCAAAACGCUUAGUUGAACCAUAUCUCACACCCCAUACUCCACAAAACUGGCAAUGUUGGAAUGUAGAGGCCAACUCCGGAGGCGAUGACGAUAGAGAGAACAUUAAGUCCGCACAACGAACACAUUCAUCAACAUUUUUCAACGGAAUUCCUUCAAGCUCAUGUCGAUCUGAAAGCUGGCGAAUCUGCAUACCCACUUAUCAGCUAGGUGGAGUCGACCACCAAAGUCCUUAUCCCAAAAAAACGCGAGAGGCUAUUGUGGCCUCGCACCGCAUCGCUGUC